CUGGCUCAAGGCUGCUUUACUUCCAGCUCCCCUUACAAGGCAGAGAUGGCGGCUUCAGCUUGGCUACUCGGUAGGCGCUUUGCGAGCUGGAGGCCGCGGCCGCAGCUACAGGCGCUCAGUGGCCUGAUUACCCAGCAGGCCAGCUCGCUGUUGCCGGUGGAUGAUGUGAUCAAUGGUCUCAGUGAGGAGCAGAAGCAGCUUCGUCAGACCAUGACUAAGUUCCUUCAGGAGCAUCUAGCCCCCCAGGCCCAGGAGAUUGAUCAAAGCAACGAGUUCAAGAACCUGCGAGAGUUUUGGAAGCAGCUGGGGAACCUGGGGGUCUUGGGCAUCACAGCCCCUGUUCAGUACGGUGGCACUGGCCUGGGCUACCUGGAGCACGUGGUGGUGAUGGAGGAGAUAUCCCGAGCCUCUGGAGCAGUGGGCCUCAGUUACGGUGCCCACUCCAACCUCUGCCUCAACCAAAUUGUGCGGAAUGGAAACGAGGCCCAGAAGGAGAAGUACCUCCCCAAGCUGAUCAGUGGUGAAUACAUCGGAGCCCUGGCCAUGAGUGAGACGAAUGCUGGCUCCGAUGUUGUUUCCAUGAAGCUGAAAGCAGACAAAAAGGGAGAUUACUAUGUCCUGAAUGGCAACAAAUUCUGGAUCACCAAUGGCCCUGAUGCUGAUGUCCUUGUUGUCUAUGCCAAGACAGACCUAGCUGCUGUGCCACCUUCUCGGGGCAUCACAGCCUUCAUUGUGGAGAAGGGUAUGCCAGGCUUCAGCACCUCUAAGAAGCUGGACAAGCUGGGGAUGAGAGGCUCUAAUACCUGUGAGCUGAUCUUUGAAGACUGCAAGGUUCCUGCUGUCAACAUCCUGGGCCAACUAAGUAAGGGCGUCUACGUGCUGAUGAGUGGGCUGGACCUGGAGCGGCUGGUGCUGGCUGGUGGGCCCCUCGGGCUCAUGCAGGCUGUCCUUGACCACACCAUUCCCUACGUGCACAUGAGGGAAGCCUUUGGCCAGAAGAUCGGCCACUUCCAGUUGAUGCAGGGAAAGAUGGCAGACAUGUACACCCGCCUCAUGGCCUGUCGGCAGUAUGUCUACAAUGUCGCCAAGGCCUGUGAUGAGGGCCACUGUACCCCCAAGGACUGUGCUGGCGUGGUUCUUUACAGUGCCGAGUGUGCCACAAAGGUAGCCCUGGACGGCAUCCAGUGUUUGGGUGGCAAUGGCUACAUCAACGACUUUCCCAUGGGCCGAUUUCUGCGAGAUGCCAAGCUGUAUGAGAUUGGGGCUGGCACCAGUGAGGUGAGGCGGCUGGUCAUCGGCAGAGCCUUCAACACAGACUUCCACUAACCCCAACAUCCUUCCCCAGCACCUCAAGGCCUUUCUCUGGAAGGAGAGAUGGGGCAGCUCCUGCCAACCCAGGAAAAACAUGCAGGGGCUUCAAAUGGACUUCUCAGGAAGCAUGCUGGCUUUUCUGGGGCUUCUUGGAUGGCUAUGUGCCCUUGCCCUCUCUGAGCCUGAUGCCCUCACCUCCCAGGGCAGGUACCUUUAUCUCGUGUGCACCUCCGCCAGGGAACCCUGUGCUCAAGCACACCAGAAGCAUUGCCACUCUAUGAAUUUAAACUUGAUAGGCUCUUUUCUUUCUGGGGAAAGGUACCCCCCCAAACCUAGCCUUUGUUUCUGCCAGUUUCCAGAGGCAUCAGCUCCAGCAGCUUGUGAGUGGGCACUGCCUCUGCAGCAGUCCCUCCGUCCCUCAAUAUUUUUUCUUUUUUUUUUUUUGGUCUUUUUGCUAUUUCUUGGGCCG